GGCUUCUGGGAGAGGGCGCGCAUGCGCCGGCCGCUGCCACCUACGGCGACCCUGGCAUGUGCCAGGGCUUCUCCCCGCCUCCUUCCUCGCUGCGCCCGUGUAGAGCGUAGCUGCAGCAUCCACCGCCUAGCAGAGUCGCGGGCCACAGCGGGACGGCAGGGUUCCAGCAGGGCAGCGGCUGCGCACGCGGGCGCUGGCUCGCACACAGGCGUAGGCCGCCCUCUACCGCCUGAAGGCCGGAGGCUGAGUGGGGUGCCAGCGGAUCCAGGAUCCCGGGGGGAGAGCCGCCUCCAGAGAAUGCCGUGCUCCCUACAGUGCCAGGGACUGACCGGCCUGUGCCAGCUUAGUCGGCGGCCCUAAGGGGCACCCGCACUAGGGCUUUUGAAGCUGGCUCCUUGCUACUUUUCGGGGUGGCCGCUGCUGCUGCUCAGCCCCUGCAGCCCGCGUUUGGCCGCUCGAAUACAGCUUCCAGCGCGAUCCUACAAUGACAUCUGUCCCCCCAGGCGAUUCAGCGAAGCCCUACUUUAUUUUGUGAGAGCUGUGUUUCCACAUUCGCUCGAAGAGAAAGACCCCCCACGAGGGCCUGAGUUCGAUGCCCGGCCUCUCCCGACCCGCGGCUGCGACAGGCCCUCUGAGGCGGAAGUUUAUUUAGUAUGGCAAAGAGAACAGCACGAGGUGAGGGGAGAGGCUUUGCUGUAAGAUGCGUCCUACCCGCUCGGACUCGGAACAUUCCCGGCGCCCGCGAUGCACAGCAGUGGGCCGAAGGGCUGCCUUACAGCAGCCCAGACCGCCAGUUGAGCGCGCCGCCCCGGCACACAAAGUAGUCGCGGGCCGAGGGGGGUGCCGCCAGGGCCAAUCAGAGUCGCGCGCCGCGUGAGUGGAGUGCGAGCCGGCCAAUCAGAGGGCCGGAAGAUGAGCUUCCCGUUCCAAACUCUUCCCUUGUAUCUUUGGGAGCCAGAUCCCAAGCCUGGGGCGAAGUACGGUUGUAAGCGAAAUGGUGCCCUGAAGACAAGAAUCAUUUCUCUAGGCUUGGGCAUUUUAAAGCACAUACUGGGAAUACUUAUCCCAAAGCAGGUAGCGGCAGCCUUUUAGAUGUUACAUAGUAAAAGAUCACAGAAAAGAGAUUUAAGAGGCAGUGGCCUGUCAAGACUGCAAUCUGCCUAAUAUUCAUAAAUUCACAUAUUUAUUGAGACAUUCUUAUGUACCAGAAACUCUAUUACACAUACACAAAUAAGGUACUGCUGAUUUAAAACAAGAAAAUCCCUUGUCCUCAAGCAGCUCAGGUUCCGAGGGAGGCUUUGCUAGACCUUUUGACUCGUAUCUAUUGUCAGCUCUUUAAACAAAAAGCACUCCAUAACGUGCUGUACUUUGCAGUCGUUUUUAUGAUUGUUAUCUCCCUGUGAGCAAAGAAAAUUGAAAGUGGAGUGACUUAUCCAAGAUCACAAAAAAGAUAUUCUGGCAGAGCCAGAAUUAUGUUCUAGUUCAGUUUGUGUGUCAUUACUCAAUACAGUCAUUGAAUAACAAUUUGUAAACGCAUGGAUGCUCUCUCCCAUGAGAUUUCUGUACUAAGUGUACAAGCAGAACAAAAUUCUGGUAUAAAAGUGACACACUUUGGUUGUUGGGAAUUUACACAAAUUUUAGGCCUAUGUGGGAUCAGAGGUCAAAUCUUAUCAGUCAUACUCUAGAUAAUUUUUAGAAGUAAAAGGUGGGGUGGAUAUUUACUUUUUAGUUUAAACACAGCAUUUUUUAAAUAUUUUAACAAUCAGUGUAACCUUUUUUUUUUUUCUAAGAUAAAAGAAGCGGGAAGGAUCACUUGAGCCCAAGAGUUCCAGCCUGCAGUGCCACAUGAUGGUGCCUGUGAAUAGCCACUGCACUCCAGCCUGGGCAACAUAGCAAGACCCCCAUCUCUAAAAUAAAAAAUUAAAUUUAAAAAAA